UUGAAAGACUUUAAAAAAUCGCCAAUUCAUUUCCAUCAGGCAUUUGUCGUACGUUGUGUUAUUCCGGUGGUCCUAGCUUCCUAGUGAAAAGCAUGUGGUUCGUGAAACCACCACUUGGGAAAAGGGAACUGUCAUCGUUACACCAGUGAUGACUAUGACGUCAACAAAUUACGGUUCGAGCACAAGCAAUUGUUCUGUACUUCCACCAUUACCAUUCCUUACAAGUAAAUUUACGUGUUUGAAACGUAGAAGUUAAACAUAAAAGACCAACGGUGAAACUUGGGAGAGUUUUUGGAACAGUUUGAAGUAAAUUAGGCACACACAACAGAAAAACAAAAUGGACCUUGCUCUCAGUUUGUUUGGUAAUCACUCCACAGAAGGAUAUAUUUCUGGCAAAGAUAUAGCAUUGAACUCCCAGGUUGCUUGUGCCGAAGAUGAUGAUGGUGAAUUCAAUAUUGAUGUAUCAGAAGGAAUUACAAUAUCUGGAGAUGGACAGAUUCCUCCAGGACUAAUUAAUCCAGGAGGACCUUUCUCAGCACUUAUUCCUUCUAUGGUUCCACAAGAGAUAUUAGUAAAAUUAAACAACACAAAAGAAACUGAAGAUCCAAAUGAACAACCAGAGUUUAGAUUUGAUGAAUUUGGUUUUCGAGUAGAGGAGGAAGAUGGGCCAGAGCCAGUAUCUAACAAACUAUUAAGCACACCAUUUAUAGAAGAUCCACAGCAGAGAUUGAUGUGGAUUGCAUAUUUGGAAUUCACACACAACACCGAAGUUGGUGAUUUGACAUGGGAUAAAGUUCAACCACGCUUGCUACGUACAGAAAAACUUAACAAUAUGAUUCGCGCCGGUAUUCCACAUUCACUCAGACCCCAAAUUUGGAUGAGAUUGUCCGGUGCCUUGGAAAAGAAGUUGAAUUCAGAUGUCUCCUACAAAGAAAUUGUUAGAGCCUCAUCCAACGAUCAUUUGAUGGUUUCAAGGCAAAUUGAGAAGGACCUUUUACGAACAUUGCCAAGCAAUGUCUGCUUUUCUCUCCCCCAAGGAACCGGGAUCGCAAGGUUACGCCGAGUAUUGCGGGGCAUUGGUUGGUUGUAUCCUGACUUGGGUUACUGCCAAGGUGUUAGUGUCAUUGCUGCGGUUUUUCUACUACUGCUUGAGGAGGAAGAUGCUUUUUGGUUACUUUGCGCCAUCGUAGAAGACUUGCUUCCAGCUUCUUAUUAUACUCCUUCAUUGAUUGGUGUCCAAGCAGAUCAAAGGGUACUACGACAAUUACUUGUAAAUUUUUUGCCUUCAGUUGAUACUCUUUUACGGGAUCACGAUAUCGAACUCUCUCUUAUCGCCUUGCCAUGGUUCGUUACCUUAUUUACUUCGGUGUUACAUAUCCGCGUGUUGCUGCGCGUAUGGGACUUGUUUUUUUGCGAGGGUUCAGUCGCCAUUUUCCGAAUCGCCUUAGCAAUGAUACGAAGUCAUGAGCCACAGCUGAGAGAAUUACAAAAUUCGGCAGAUAUCUUCAACGCAUUAUCAGAUUUACCCCGUAUAAUCCAUGAAGUUGACGAGCUCCUAGAUGUGGCGUAUUCUCUGGCUGGAUCGUUUAGCGAUGUGACUCUUGACAGUUACCGUCGCCGCCAUUUGGCCUAUCUGAUGUCUGAUCGCGGCACGUUAGUCGGUAAUCCAGAAUCGGCUGCCAACCUUCCUAAGCAACAUUUAAGCCGGAGAAAAGUCAAAACUUCCCGCCCAUUGCUGCAGAUGUUACUUUUUGGCGACGAGGAAGAUCAAGAUGAUAUGCGAUCGAAAAACAUCCGACAAACAGAGGUUCUAGUCGAUCUUCGGGAGGCAGUUCUACAAAUAGGUCGCCACUUCCAACUCUCAGAUGCUAGGUUGGCUCAUCUACCCCUAACACCGGACUAUUCCAUGGAAAGUCAUACCCAAGACCACGAAAUUUACGCUGGAGUGAUGCGUAGUAAAAAGAGAAGAGCUAAAGCUUUGCUGGAUUUUGAACGGCACGACGAUGACGAGCUUGGAUUCCGCAAAAAUGAUGUGAUAACAGUAAUCAGUCAAAAAGAUGAAGACUGCUGGAUUGGAGAGUUAAACGGGCUACGUGGUUGGUUUCCUGCAAAAUUUGUGCAAUUACUGGAUGAGCGUUCUAAACAGUAUAGCAGUGCUGGGGACGAUUCUAUAAACGAGAACAUAGCGCAUCUGGUUCGCGGUACUCUGGCACCUACAAUCAAACAUGUUUUGGAACAUGGCAUGAAGAAAGCUUCCAUUUUAGGCACAACUUGUCAUCCUUGGCUAUUCAUUGAAGAAGCUGCUAGCAAAGAAGUUGAGAAAGACUUUGCUUCUGUUUAUUCUAGAUUGAUAUUAUGUAAAACAUUCCGACUGGACGAGGAUGGAAAGGUCCUUACUCCAGAGGAGCUUUUAUAUAGAUGUGUUCAAGCUGUAAACAUCUCUCAUGAUGCAGUGCAUGCUCAAAUGGAUGUGAAGCUGCGAAGCCUCAUAUGUAUGGGUCUUAAUGAACAAGUCCUUCAUCUUUGGCUUGAAGUCCUUGGAUCCAGUAUUAGCACCAUCCAAAAAUGGUAUUAUCCUGGCAGCUUUUUAGCCAGCCCUGGCUGGGUACAGGUCAAAUGUGAUCUACGAGUUUUGACCCAGUUUCCGUUCAAUCUGAACCUCGAAUGGGAGCUACCUGCCAACAAGAAGAAUGUGAAUCGGCAACCCUUGAAAGAAGGCGUACGUGACAUGUUAGUGAAACAUCAUCUUUUCAGCUGGGAUUUGUGAAGCGCGCUUGAAUUAGGUUUUUUUUUCUCGACCACACUCCCGCAUACCACUAUUUAUAUAUAACUUAUUGUUUCGCAAUCUGAAUCACUUUUCAGUCCUAGUCUGCAUUUCUGCCUUUUAAAAAAUCAUAAUACAUAUUUUUGAAUGUUCAAAAAAUAAACAUGACAACAGUUAUAAAAA